UGCACAAAAAUGACCCAGGCUUCCCAGGUUCAGCGUUCCACAAAGAGAAGACAGCUAGAGGAGCACAGCAGGAGAUAACACACUGAAGCUGGCUUUGGCGUGCAAGGUUGCACACAGAGAAAGCAAGCUUUCGAGAAGAAGGGAAAUGUUCAGAACUGGUUGCGUCGUUUGAAGGAGACUACAGGGACAACCUCGCACGGUGUACCGGCUUUUUCAGAGGACAGACGCCUGAGCAAGCUGGAAGGAGGACAAGGCAGAGGUGUGGGUAUGAGCAGAAAUUGGGUUAUAAAAGGAGUAGAGCAAUCGAUUUCUGGGGGAGGAGCGGGAGAGAGUAGGGUGGCUUUUUUGAUGGAGGAGCAGCUAGGGUUUUUAGAGGAGAUUUGAAGAGGGUCUUUAACGGGCUCCCUACUUAUAAAUUCCCACAACACAGUUAAGUCGAUUUUACAGGCUGUAAACAGAGUCGAAAGGACAGAGAAAAGUAAUGACUACGCGAAUAGCUCCUGGAGUUGGAGCUAAUUUGCUUGGGCAACACUCUGCCGAGAGGAACCAAGAUGCCACUGCUUAUGUCGGCAAUCUCGAUCCUCAGGUGUCGGAGGAGCUGCUUUGGGAGCUAUUUGUUCAAGCAGGCCCUGUUGUUAAUGUAUAUGUUCCUAAAGAUAGAGUAACAAAUCUUCAUCAAGGAUAUGGCUUUGUUGAAUUCAGGAGUGAAGAGGAUGCUGACUAUGCAAUUAAGGUGCUGAAUAUGAUUAAGCUUUAUGGGAAGCCUAUUCGUGUAAAUAAGGCAUCCCAAGAUAAAAAGAGCUUGGAUGUAGGGGCAAAUCUUUUCAUUGGAAACCUUGAUCCUGAUGUCGAUGAGAAACUUCUUUAUGAUACUUUCAGUGCCUUUGGGGUCAUUGUUACAAACCCAAAGAUAAUGAGAGAUCCUGAUACAGGGAAUUCCCGUGGUUUUGGUUUCAUCAGCUAUGAUUCUUUUGAGGCUUCUGAUGCUGCCAUUGAGGCAAUGAACGGCCAGUACCUCUGUAACCGUCAGAUAACAGUUUCAUAUGCAUAUAAGAAAGACACUAAAGGGGAGCGCCAUGGUACCCCAGCAGAGAGAGUUCUGGCUGCAAGCAAUCCAAGUUCCCAGAAAAGCAGGCCCCAUACGCUGUUUGCUAGUGGACCGCCAACACUUCCAAAUGCUCCUCGGGCUAAUGUUACACCAGUGGCUCCACGUCCUUUUGCAAAUGGUACUGUUGCUCCAGGCCCAAUUCCAGCGAUCCGUCCACCUCCUCCUCAAGGUGCACCCUUCCCACCUAUGCAGGUGGGUGGACAAGCAGCUUGGCUAGGUCAGCCGCCACAACCAGGUCAAACAAUCCCACCACCUAUGAUGGCUCCACCACCUAUGCAGUUCAGGCCUGCUCCGCCAAACAUGCCCCCUCCCCCACCUCCACAGGUUGGUACCAUUCUUCAAAGGCUUCCACCACAACCAAUGGGAAUGGGAGGACAACCACCAGUUUGGCCACCACCACCCCCACAGCAGAUGGCUGGGAGGCCUCUUAUGCCACAGAUGUCAAUGCCACCACCUCCGAUGCACAAUAUUCCUCCGCCACCACCUUCUGGUUGAAGUUUUGACCAUUUGUCUAAAACCUUGAGUUAGUCUUUGGAGUCCUUUUUGUUUCAUUUUGGGCUUGUUCUAGAACACUUGUUUUCUGACUGUAUGAUUUUGGGGAUAUUACGCAAUAUGCAAGCAUGAGGAAUAUAUGAAAUCUGACAGUGAGGACUAGAUCUAAGUCGAUGGUAAUCCUUGGCAUAGAGAGUCAGCUCUCCACCACCAUUGGAGACCCAUAUUCGAUCCAGAUUUUUGCUGUGGUCCCUCAACUUUAUUGUUUCAAUUAUAGUACAUGACUAAUUUCUUGGGAGUGAGAUUAGCAA